AUCAGUCUACCUUGAAAGCUUCAUUGAAAAAAGAUUUAUCUAUUUUCCAAGAACAUUGUCUGGACUAUUUGAGAAAUUUACACGAAAUAUUUCACUUGAAGGAUGCACAAAAUCGACUUCAGUUUCGUUCACUGUUGAGAUUAAUAAUUAAUUUUCGAGCAUUUGACAAACGUAUGGAACGGAAUGUGAUCAAAGCUAUCAAGGAAGAUUUUCGUAUGUAUUUUAGAAAAAAAAUUCAAUUGUUAGAAGACAAUCAAUCUGAUGAACUGAAAACUGAAUUAAUAGAAAAAAUCGCCUUAUAUCUUAUAAACGAUUUGGAACAAUUAGAUAUUCAAUUCCAAAAAGCUUCUAGUAAUUUUUAUACCUACACGAAAUUCGUUUACGAUGAAGUUGACAAUACGAUGAACGACGUAAUUGGUGUUCACGUAAAAAAUUUAUUGAAGAAAUCAAUCACGAAAAACCAAUUACGGAAAUUACAAAAGAUUUCCAACGCAUUGACAAAACUUAUAGAAUAUCUUCUGAAGAACAUCGAUGAUAUCAGAACUGGAAACAGUUUAAAAUUGGAAUCACUCAUCACCUGGCUUGAUACCAAUAUACAGAGCAUAAAUUUUUAAUUUCAACAGAAAUAUCCAUUAAAUACGAAAUGUCGGAAGAUUCAAAAUUCAUUAAUUCAAAUUCUUGAAAUAUCUUGAAGGUGAACAUUCGUAUUAAUGCUUUGUAUAAAGAACUUCAACAAAUCGUUUUAUAUUAUAAAUUUAUUGUUUAAAAGCAAAACAAAAUUAAAUGAGAUAUGGAUGAACAACUUUCAAACAUUUUUAACUUACAUAAAAAUGUGUUUUAUUUAAAUAUAAUACAGUAACAUUGAUAUUAAUAAACAUUUGUAUUUUGAGAACACAAAGUAGUAUUUAUGUAAGGUCGCCGACUUUAGGGGGCAAUACGUUAAUUGCGCGUCAGGAAAACCUAGGAUCAAACCGUAUGUGGGUGGUGGCGGUAGGAGACAAAGAUGACAAGUGUCUUACACGAAAACCGUUUAUUUUGACAUAAGGUUAAUAUACAUAAUGACAACAACAAUGCGAUCUAGAUCGGCUUUGGUGGGAGCUCCUUGAUGUCGACGAACGGGUGCUGACUGGUGUCCCAGGCUUGACAGGAGAGUGUCCGUUGCACAUGGGCCUCUGUCCGGUGAUGUUGCGGAUGCACGUAGAUUUUGGUCACUGGU